GUGUAUUACUGUAUUCAACUGUCUUUAUGCGCUGCGUUGCCAAGACUUCCAUACGUGGGACAUGCAGAAACGACGCAGUGAUGCAGUAGUCCAGUAGAACUUGGGAAAGAAGAUGGGUCGUGCCACUUACAAUGCUGUGACGGAUAAACGUAGCAAAAUUAACAGAAUGUUGGAAGCAUACUCCUAGUUUGGCACACAGCUGAAGUGCAUAUCUAUUUGAUCAAGUCUACUUCAUACAUCUGUACAUGUUCAUAAGGACUACAACAAAUAACUGACCACCAUGGGUUCUACAGAUUCAGAACGCUCUAUUUCUUCUGGCAUUUCUAUUCCACAGUGGAUGAAAUCAAAGAUUGGUGAUAGGUACGACAUAGAGGAAACUUUUUCACCACCUACACACGAUGACACAUUCUUUUACAUACGUUAUCCAAAAUCAAAGCCUGUAGCUCAACCAGAGAAUGACAGUUAUCGUCCAAUCAGUGAAGUUUUGGAAGAGAAGCCUUUGAAACAGAGAGAUUUCUCAAAACACACACAGCCUUGCAAAGAAUUCAUUCCUGAAGCAAAUGGAAAAGAAAAUACUUCCUCAUUAGUAGGAGGUGCAACGCAGAUGCAGUCAAGAGUCAACAAAUCACAGGGAACAGACGAUGGAUAUGUGGGAGAAGCUGCUGCAUGUGGCAAAUCAGUAGUGCAAGUUGCACAGCAAAUGAUUGCGGGUAACAGGUUGACAUUGCGAGGAGCUGAACAAGCCAUGCCACCAAAAGAACGUCACAGGCGCAACAGCAAAUCUCUCCCAACAAGCCCGCUUGGCUCGCCAAGUGUAUCCCCUAAACUGCAGAGAAAGAAACAGGGGGAACCACAGAACAGGUACUUCACAGGUGUAUUUGGAGUCCCUACCCAGUACCCUGGAAGCUGGAUUUUAUCCGGAGUUUUGGGACAGAGAGAUAUUGCUGCACAUCAAACAAAUAUUCAGGAGACAGCAUCUCAGAAAUCAUCAUUAGAUGAUGGAAAACAAAGUGAUGUACGCAGGAAUAAAUCUUCAUCAUCACUUGUUCGAACAUCUACGGAAGGUUCUAGAGAUGAAGACCAGAGCUCAUCUGAUGGUGAGAGCUCACCAGGUCUUGUCAAGAAGGAAAUGUUUUUCCGUGCAAAACCAUCUGAGUUGAGAGAGAUGAAUUUCUUGUCUCCCACGUCAAUGUAAAAACAUGAAGUCUGUUACCGUAAAGUAUUUUAGCUAUUAGUACGUGUGAAGAUACUGUUCUGAUAUUUGACAUUGAAUAUUAUUUCUGUUCAGAAGUCAUUAUUUUGUGCCUUUUUUGUUUUUGUUUUUUUUUUUUGUAAAAAAAAAGUAAUAUGAUGAAGCUGUGUGUGUGUUUCAGAAGUUUCUUUGUUGACGUUGAAAAUAGUCAUGUGACAUGCCAUGUUGGCUCUGUGUGUUUCUGGUUUAAAUCAAUACAUAUAAUCUAUAAAGCAAAUGUACUCGUAUUGGAUCUGUCCUUUAAUAAUAAUUCCUUGGUGCUCAGUUAUUUGUUAGAAUCCAUAUUUUCAUUACUUUUUAGCAUUGCUUCUGGUAGCACUUCUUGCAUAAGUUAGUUGGCAUACUUUGGUUAAUAGUUCUGUAGUAUAGUGUAGCUUUCUCACCCAUACUGCACUGAAGAUUUUUAUGAAACACAGUACAAAUUUUAGAUGGUUAGUCAUUUUGCACUUGGUAUUUUGAAGUUGUUUGUAUAAUGUUGAAAAUUGUCUGCAAAAGAAAAUGCAUCAUUCCUCAAACAUUCAAUUUGGUUGUCUAAAUUUCAGUACUGUUAUUGCUGACUAUCAGUUGAUCAAUAAUACUUCAUUUUACUCAAGUCCACUGCCAUCCACAUUGUUAGGGAAAAUUGAUCUGUGCUGAUACCAAUACAGGAAAUAUGGGGUUUUGAUUUCUAUAUUAGCCUAGAAAUGAGCAAGGUAACUAGUAAAAAAAAAAGCCUGAGAACAGACAAGGAUAUAUGGACAUCUUUUGUGUAAAGAUUUUGUAAGGUGGUUAUCUUCUGUUUGGCAUAGCUAGCUGUUGAACUUCAGUGACUUGUCAACCUGCUCAUGUGUGAAGCUUUUUGCACGUGUAAGUGGCUUGGAGAACCCUGAAAAUAGUUAAUGUCUCUAUACUAGGGUGUACCAUUCAUUGCUAUGACUCUUCUAAAGUUACCAGAUUCUUAAUAGUUACUCAAAAUUUGCCUCCUAGUAACCUGUCUGAUUUGCAUUCUAACUUGGCCUCCUAUUCCCAUACGUGUUUCAUUGUAGUUUUCUUUCUUGCCUUUCUGUUCUUGCCUUGUUAAAAGAAAUAUUUGUUUUACGAAAUAUAAAAAAUGCCUGGUGAAUUUCUUUAUACGCUAUAUUGGCAAAAUACCAAAGCAUUAUUGGUGACAGGUUUUAACAAGAAAUACAGGCAAAAUUUUUUAAAAAACUCUGAUGUUAAUUUAUUUCAAUGAAUGAGAUUAAAAUGGCACAAGCUACACUUUUUAAUAAUGCACACCAGGAUCGGUUUAUACUCAGAGCCAUCAACAUGCAGUUUCAGUCCUGGAUCUUCCUUUAUAUGAAGACAAGAUUUUUCAGUCUCUAAUGGGUCUUCAAGAAACUGUAAGUUCACACCUUCCAAUUCUUCUUUUGCAUGUACAUUGGACAGAUAAAACAGGACCACUGAGGUGCCUUACCAGAUUCCUCUUCUUUCAUUCAGAUAGUUCUCUCAUAGUCCAUGGCUGCCAAUCUCCACCUUUGGAGAAUUUCUGCAAAAACAAGAUGGUUUUUGUGGAAAUUUGUGUACUACUUUCUCCAUGGGUGUAGAAUGGCAGCUGUGGAUCACAAGAAAACAAUAUGAAUUAAAAAAGGGGGAUUGAUUUGAGGUAUCAGGAAGCUCCAUGGUCCUUGUUUAUCCACCCAGUGUAAAUAUUAAAGAACUGGAGGAGGGGGUGAAUAAAGAGUUUCUUUAAGAUUCAUUAAAGAGUGAACAGCCUAGUCUUAAAAUAAAGCCAGUUCCAGAACUGAAACUGCAUGUGGAUGGCUGAGCAUACUGUAGCAGUGGGAUGAUGACUUUUGGCUGCAACCAAUCCCAGUACUUAAAACAAAAAUGAAUUUACAACCUGUGACUUAAUUUUAUUCCAAAUUGUUACUACAGUUCCAGAACCUGAAUCACCAUGCUCAAAAUGCUGGUCAAGGAACAUUUCACUGAAGUUUUACAUUAGGUGUUUGCCCUACCCCUUGCUAUUAUAUUGUGCAAAAGUCUGCAAAAAAAAAAAAACUUCUCAGUACUGUUUUUCCUUAUGUGAUUAAAGUCCAGUAACAAAAUACUCCAAAAAAAACAAUGCUCAUGACAUUGUAUUGCGAUUUAUAUUUUCUCUUGAGUUUGGCAUAGGUUUUUUAAUCACAAAGAUCAUGUGUAUUGUUGUUGAUACUUGGUUCACUAAUGUGAUGUGCAGUGUAUUCAUACUUUAAUAUUUUCUCUUGAGUGAUUUGUAAUAUGGAAAAAAAUAAUGAGAAUACUCUGUGCAGUAGACUGAUUUUUCACAAUAGGUGUCAUGGACCAAGAAUGUCAAUUAAAGUGAUGUAUUUUAACUGCAUUUCUUACAGUGCAGAAACAUUGUAAUAGUUGAUGUAUUUGGUGCAACAAAUUCUUAAUAAAAGUUAUGAGCUAAAUUUA